AUGUCUGCGGAGCCAACAACGACAGGCCAGUUACGGCCAGACGGAGCAAAAACCCUCCUUCAUCCUCUCGACCAACUCUCCAUUGUGGAAUCCGACCUGCUCGUGAAGUCAUUCUCAUGGAGUUCCCGGCCAGCUCGAAUAGCAAAAAUCCAAUAUGAUGUGCUCCAAGCAGAUCGAAGAGCUGAAUACAUGGAGUCUUGUGUGGAUAUCGCUUCCGGCAAGGAGGUUCACCAGCGGAUCAUCGACAAGGUGCAUCACGGGUCGUUGACAUCCGUGUGUGAGCCGCCACUCUUCAAGAAAGCGGUGUCUGAAUUCGACCUCCCAGAAGGUUUCGUGGUCACCGUUGAUUCUCCAUACGGACGACCAGAUCCUUCAGAGAUCGCGCCUCGCUAUACCCAGGGCUUGUGCUUUGCCAAAGAUGCUCGUUCUGGAAACGAAGAUUCAAAUCGCUACGGAUACCCACUCCCUAUUAUCUCUGUUAUGGACAGCUACACCAUAGUAAUUGUACGCAUAGACUCUUUGGCCACAGGUGGAAAGGAGGACGGCCUGUCGUACGGGACGCACAAGAAGAACGUCAUUGACCACUGUGCGCCAUCUAAAUAUGUUCCUGAGCUACUUUCUCAACCACUUCGUACCAAUGUCAAGCCAUUGAACGUCACUCAACCGGAAGGACCAUCGUUUCAAGUAAACGGGAACCUGGUUCAAUGGCAAAAGUGGAGAUUUAGAGUCGGCUUUAACCCUCGAGAGGGUGCAACACUCCAUGAUGUUCGAUACGACGGUCGUAUCGUUCUCUACAGGCUUUCUCUAGGCGAGAUGACUGUUCCUUACGGAGAUCCGAGACCCCUCUUCCAAAGGAAGCAAGCUUUUGAUUCUGGAGACGCAAGAGCUGGACGUGCGGCCAACAAUCUUCCUCUUGGUUGUGACUGUUUGGGCACGAUUAAGUAUUUCGAUGCUGUUCUGACAGACCCCGACGGAAAGGCAAUUUUAAGCAAGAAUGUGGUAUGUCUCCACGAGCAGGACAAUGGGAUCGGAUGGAAGCAGACGAAUUUCAGAACCAGCAGGGCAGUUGUCAUUCGACUGCGCGAACUGCUCGACCAAGCAGGUGGCAUUACAGUUGGCAUUACAGUUGAGACGAGGGCAACGGGCAUUGUCUCCGUGGUGAAUAUUGAUCCAGGCAAGACUAGUCCCUGGGGAAAUGUCGUCUCUUCAGGAGCCUUAGCGCAAAAUCAUCAACAUCUUUUCUGCAUCCGUAUUGAUCCUGCAAUUGAUGGACUCAACAACACAAAGAUCAAUCCUUAUGGCAGUGGAUACGAGGUCCGACAAAUACCAAUCAAGAAAUCACAUUACCUCGAUGCUUUGCCAUUCACGAAUUUGACCAUAAAGAUAACCAAUCCAUCGAAGCUGAAUCCAGUGUCUGGAAAGCCCGUGGUUUAUAAGUUCAUCCCAUCGGCCACACAAUUAUUGCUAGCACACCCAGAAGGUACCAUGGCUAAGCGGGCACAAUUUACAACUCACCACGUCUGGGUCACAAAGUACAAAGACGGAAAAUUUGGGCCGCACAACCCACGAGUUGAAGAAUGGCCCGUCAUGCCAGUCGAGAUCCACCAACUGCAUCUCCGACCAGCAGACUUCUUCACUGCAAACCCUGCUAUCGACGUCCCGGGCUCGAAGAACACUCCUUCGGUUCUAGCUGACCCGGAAAAUUUCUUGCUGUGA